CUUCCCCGCCCCACCAGCAGAUCCUCUGCACUCAGAAAAUCGGUCCCCACCCUUUCCACGCCCCCGCCCCACCUCUUGCCCCACUUUCCAACCCCCUGUUCUUUGCCCGGGGUGGUUUGCUCCGAGCAGUAUGGAUAAAUAGACCUGUCAAAAGGCGCAGCGCGCGGUUGUGAGCGCUGAGCCUGGGCCAGGGCGCUGACUUCUCGGCCGCGCUCUCACGGGGCAGCGGCGGGGCUCCGCGCUUCCCGGCCGCGGUAUCUAGAGCUCAAGGGAGUUCAGCCUGUCCCCCCGCCUCCGCAAGCGAGCGGAAGGCGGAGACCGCGAGGCUGGCCUGGAGGAGGAAGGCGGGGACGUGGGGGACACAGCGAUGUCCACCGGCUCGGUGAGCGACCCCGAGGAGAUGGAGCUGCGGGGUCUGCAGCGGGGGUACCCGGUCCCCGCCUCCAAGAGGCCGCCCCUCCGCGGCGCCGAUCGCAGCUACAUCUCGCCCAGUGACAACUCUUCUGCGGAGGAGGAAGACCCCGACGGCGAGGAGGAGCGCUGUGCCCUGGGAGCGGCCCGCGGCGCGGGAGGCUGCAAGAGGAAGCGGCCCCGGGUGGCGGGGGGCGGCGGCGGCAAGAAGCCCCUCCCGCCCAAGGGCUCGGCCGCCGAGUGCAAGCAGUCGCAGAGGAACGCGGCCAACGCCCGCGAGCGCGCCCGGAUGCGCGUGCUGAGCAAAGCCUUCUCCCGACUCAAAACCAGCCUGCCCUGGGUGCCCCCCGAUACCAAACUUUCCAAGCUGGACACGCUCCGGCUGGCUUCCAGUUACAUCGCGCACCUGCGGCAGCUGCUGCAGGAGGACCGCUACGAGAACAGCUACGUGCACCCGGUGAACCUGACUUGGCCUUUUGUGGUCUCGGGACGACCCGACUCUGACACCAAAGAAGUUGCCGCAGCUAACAGAUUAUGUGGGACCACCGCUUAGAAGGAGCGCCAACUCGACAGGAUUAUUGGUUAAGCGCCUGGGUUUGGGGGCCAAGGAGAGAAGCGAGACCGAGUGAGAAACCCCAGAAAUGGGAAGUUCCAUUGGAUUCUCCUAGACUCCCCCACCCCGGAACUGUGAACUCAACAGGUGGCGGGCGUUGGGGGCAGAGCCUGAGGGUCGGAGGCGCAGUUGUCAUCACAGGGCGCGGAUUGCUAGGCUGCCACGCGUCCGGGCGACGACACUUUACGCACGGACACAGAUCCAACCUUGGCUUUUAGCAGUGUAGACUAACCCCGGCGCUGCAGUCUGAGCCCAGGCCAGCCGCCCAAGCGUUAGUUUGCAAGCUAAGCCAGAUACACAUCUGCGGUGGCACGACUCUGCACAGGCCAGGCCCUCACGGUUAGGCAGUGGUUAGAACGCGCUCUCCAUGGUCGGCUUUAAAAACAGAGGUCUUCACGUAAGACCUACAUCGGGGUAAGCUCUUCAGUUGCAAAGAGAGGAGUGUGGCACACCUGGCCCAGGUUUGUACCCUACAGGUCAGCUCCCCCUGCGGGACGGACUGUGCCCUCUCGGUGCGGGGAGAGGGGGAGGCGCGCUUUCAGAGGCCAAACCCCGCUGGGUUUUCCCGGGAGCUUCUCAGCAGUUCGGCCUCCGGUAUGGCGAAGCCCUUCACUCCCCGCAGGCUCCCGUCUCUUCCUAACCGGGCUCCCGUCUACCCUCCUCCCCUUCUAGGCUCGAACCUCCCACAGGCCUCCCACCACCAACCUAGCUGGGCCUCCUUCGGGGCCUCUCUCUACUCCCUCCUCCCACACCUACUUGCAGCCCACUCACCCCACGUCCCCUGCAACUCCUGACUGUCCCCGCCUGGCCUCCCAUCUCCAAGCUCAGGUGGCCUCCUCCUCCUCCAACACUGCCUCCCGGCGCCGCCCACGUUUUCCUCCGUGGCAGGACCUCGGGCUGGACCGCGGAGGCUGUUCGGUACCUAGUGACCUGCUCAAGGGGACCGCCUCGCUGCCCCAGGCUGCACUACCAUAAUU